AGGUAGUUAGGUGUCGCAGAGGAGUUGGCUGAGGGGGUCAAGAGGAAAACUAAAGCUGCAGUCUGGCCUACUGCUCCGGGCUCCGCGGAGCCCCCACCCGGGAGAUGGACCUUAACCGGAUCAUUCAGGCGUUGAAGGGCACCAUCGACCCGAAACUCCGGAUUGCAGCUGAGAACGAGCUCAACCAGUCCUACAAGAUUAUCAAUUUUGCACCCAGUUUACUUCGGAUUAUAGUCUCUGACCAUGUGGAAUUCCCAGUACGGCAGGCAGCUGCCAUUUAUCUGAAGAACAUGGUGACGCAGUACUGGCCAGACCGAGAACCUCCACCAGGAGAAGCAGUAUUUCCAUUCAACAUUCAUGAAAAUGAUCGCCAGCAGAUACGUGAUAACAUUGUGGAAGGAAUAAUUCGAUCUCCAGAUUUAGUAAGAGUCCAGUUAACAAUGUGUCUCCGUGCUAUCAUUAAAUAUGAUUUUCCUGGUCAUUGGCCAGCGGUAGUUGACAAGAUAGACUAUUACUUGCAAUCACAGAACAGUGGAAGCUGGCUUGGCAGUUUAUUGUGUCUGUAUCAACUGGUGAAGACAUAUGAAUACAAGAAAGCAGAGGAAAGAGAACCUCUUAUAGCAGCAAUGCAAGUGUUCCUGCCUCGUAUUCAGCAGCAAAUCAUGCAGCUUCUUCCUGAUUCUUCCCACCUUUCUGUAUUAUUACAAAAACAGAUUUUGAAAAUCUUCUAUGCACUUGUUCAGUAUGCAUUGCCUCUUCAGUUAGUGAAUAACCAAACCAUGACAGAAUGGAUGGAGAUCUUCCGAACUAUUAUUGACAGGACAGUUCCUCCUGAGACUCUGCAAAUUGAUGAGGAUGAUAGACCAGAACUAGUAUGGUGGAAGUGUAAGAAGUGGGCACUGCAUAUUGUAGCUCGUCUCUUUGAACGAUAUGGGAGCCCAGGAAAUGUCACAAAAGAAUACUUUGAAUUUUCUGAAUUCUUUUUGAAAACCUAUGCAGUGGGAAUUCAGCAGGUACUUCUAAAAAUUUUAGACCAAUAUAGGCAGAAAGAAUAUGUAGCCCCGCGUGUUCUUCAGCAAACAUUCAACUAUCUCAACCAAGGGGUUGUUCAUUCUGUAACCUGGAAGCAGAUGAAGCCACACAUACAGAAUAUCUCUGAGGAUGUUAUUUUCUCUGUGAUGUGUUAUAAAGAUGAGGAUGAAGAGCUGUGGCAAGAAGAUCCGUAUGAGUAUAUAAGGAUGAAAUUUGAUAUUUUUGAAGAUUAUGCUUCUCCCACCACUGCAGCCCAGACUCUCUUGUAUACUGCUGCAAAGAAAAGAAAAGAGGUGUUGCCAAAAAUGAUGGCAUUCUGUUAUCAGAUCCUAAUGGACCCCAACUUUGACCCUAGGAAGAAAGAUGGAGCCCUGCAUGUGAUUGGUUCUCUAGCGGAUAUUUUAUUGAAGAAGAGUUUAUUCAAGGACCAAAUGGAGUUGUUGCUGCAGAAUCAUGUAUUUCCAUUAUUAUUGUCUAACCUGGGAUAUAUUCGAGCUAGAUCUUGUUGGGUACUUCAUGCGUUCAGUUCUUUGAAGUUUCAUAAUGAGCUUAAUCUAAGAAAUGCGGUUGAGCUAGCAAAGAAGAGCCUGAUUGAAGAUAAAGAGAUGCCUGUCAAAGUAGAAGCUGCCCUUGCUCUUCAGUCAUUAAUUUCUAACCAGUUACAAGCUAAAGAAUAUAUGAAGCCAUAUGUGAGGCAUAUUAUGCAGGAGCUAUUGCAUAUUGUUAGAGAGACGGAAAAUGACGAUGUUACUAAUGUUAUCCAGAAGAUGAUAUGUGAGUACAGUCAAGAGGUGGCUUCAAUCGCUGUUGAUAUGACCCACCACUUGGCUGAGAUAUUUGCCAAAGUUCUUCAAAGUGAUGAAUAUGAGGAAGUCGAAGACAAGACAGUAAUGGCUAUGGGAAUUUUACAUACCAUUGAUACUAUAUUGACAGUUGUAGAAGAUCAUAAAGAGGUUACACAGCAGUUAGAGAAUAUUUGUCUACAGAUCAUUGAUCUUGUUUUACAGAAACAUGUAAUUGAAUUUUAUGAAGAAAUUCUUUCACUGGCUUAUAGUUUAACCUGCCAUAGUAUUUCCCCUCAAAUGUGGCAGCUUCUAGGUAUAUUAUAUGAAGUUUUUCAACAGGAUUGUUUUGAAUAUUUCACAGACAUGAUGCCUCUCCUACAUAAUUAUGUGACAAUAGAUACAAAUACGUUACUAUCAAAUCCAAAACAUUUAGAAAUACUAUUUGCGAUGUGCAGAAAGGUACUAACAGGAGAUGCAGGAGAAGAUGCAGAAUGUCAUGCAGCCAAACUUCUUGAAGUUAUCAUUCUUCAGUGCAAAGGAAAGGGAAUUGAUCAGUGCAUCCCGCUCUUUGUUCAACUUGUUUUGGAGAGAUUAACUCGAGGAGUCAAAACUAGUGAGCUCCGUACUAUGUGUCUUCAGGUUGCAAUUGCUGCCUUAUACUACAAUCCUGAUUUGCUACUACAUACUUUAGAACGAAUUCAGUUGCCUCACAACCCUGGACCUAUAACUGUACAGUUUAUAAACCAGUGGAUGAAUGAUACAGAUUGCUUUCUUGGACAUCAUGAUCGGAAAAUGUGUAUAAUAGGACUGAGUAUCCUUCUGGAGUUGCAGAAUCGACCUCCUUCAGUAGAUGCUGUGGUGGGACAGAUUGUUCCUUCAAUUCUUUUCCUCUUCCUUGGCCUAAAGCAGGUCUGUGCUACUAGACAACUGAUAGAUCGAGGAGAUCAUUCAAAAGCAGAGAAAGCUGAUACAGAAGAAAAUGAGGAGAUUUCAAGUGAUGAAGAGGAGACAAGUGUAACUGCUCAAGCAAUGCAGUCAAAUAAUGGAAGAGGUGAAGAUGAGGAGGAAGAUGAUGAUGACUGGGAUGAAGAAGUAUUGGAAGAAACUGCCCUUGAGGGAUUCAGCACUCCUCUUGAUCUUGACAGUAACGUGGAUGAAUAUCAGUUUUUCACACAAGCUCUGCUAACUGUGCAGAACCGGGAUGCAUCCUGGUACCAGUUGCUGAUGGCACCACUCAGUGAGGAUCAGAGGAGAGCACUGCAGGAGAUUUACACAUUGGCAGAGCACCGAAGGACAGUGGCAGAGACAAAGAAGAAGAUUGAACAACAGGGAGGUUUCACCUUUGAAAACAAAGGAGUUCUCUCCGCAUUUAACUUUGGGAGUGUGCCCAGCAACAACUGAAGGAAGAAACAUCACCGACCAAAUGCCAUUGCUACAUUUUAUUUUGCAAGGGUGGUGUGAGGUCACGGGGAAGAAGUGGUGGUGGUGAGGGGCUACUUUUUAGUGCCCUCCUGUUGUGCCAGUCAUCAUCUGGCAGUAGGCAGCACUUGGAUCUACUCUCCCUUCCCUUUGACCUUGCUCACUCUGGAACAUAUAUUUUAAACAGCUACUGUAAUGAAUGAAAUUAAAAACAAAAUCAUUGAACUGAAAAAGACAAACCAUAUGCUUCAAAGGAUGAGUGACCAAGAUGGUUUUAGAGGAUUGUAUUGUAUUGCACGUCUCAGGUUUUUGCCAUGCAGAAUCAAUGGAUUUAUGCGGAUAACAGUGCCUUCUGUUGUACAUCAAUUAUCUGAAAAAAUUUUUUGGAGUGCAUUGCAGUUUUUUUUUUUAAACAUAAACAUAUUUCUAGAUAAAAUGUAAACCUUGGUUAUAUGUUGACUUAUUCUGCAUUUUACUAUGUGAAUUUACUGUUAGGCAGUUAGCCACAAGUCACUCUGGUUUCAAAAACACCACUGCUCCCUGUGCUCACCCUGCUGCCGGGGGCUUUCUUCAGGGGUUGUAAAAUAUGCACUGGCUCUGGUUUUUCAUGACAUGUAUUGUGAUUUUCCCAAGAAGUGUCUUAUCCCCUCUUCCAUCAUAUUUUUCAACCCCUGAAAGGGGUGGUGUAUCUUUCAGGGUCAGCACAUUAGGAGUAUCAGUUUUAUUCAUAGCCUGAUAAGUUCAGGACUCAACAGUUUCUUGGCAGCAGUUGGCAGGGACUCGUUAAGUCACUGUCAUUAAGAGCAAGUCUGAGCAUAUUCUGAAUCAUGUGAUUUUAAUUAUGCAAUUAAUUGAUAAUUAUACCUAAAGCACAUUGAACUUCUAGGAGAAAGGUGCUAUAUAAGGAUGCUGUUUUCUUUUGGAUGGGGGCUUGCAUUUUCAAUAAUUUAUCAUUCCAGCUGUGUUGGACCAGGGUCCAAACAUUUUGUAACCAUAUUUUUUAAUCUAGGAGAAAGACCCUAAUAAAUCUUAACUUCUUGCUUCUCACUCACCUUAAUUUUCUCCUACCUAAUUUGUUCUAGUCUUUCUUGUAACUCAGUUUGGCUUCUUAUAUUUUUUAGUGGUUGGAGAUAUUGAUCAUCUACUCUCUUAGAUCAUGAUGAUGAUAGUCCACAGAAAAUAUUGCAGGUGGAGGUUACAGCUGUUUUUCUGAAUUGAUUCAAACCCAGAACAUGGAUAACAGUGUUUUAAUUCAGUAAAGUGAAAAAAUAUUUUCUGAAUUUUACAUUUCUGGAUGUGGUAGUUUUUCCAUAUUUGUGAAAUGUCUGCAGCUUAAAUUUCAUCAGUGACUGGAGGAAUUUUCUCUAGAUGCUUCUUAUAUUGACAUCCCUUUUAAUACUAACUCUUUUUAAAAUUAUAGGUUAUUUUAAUAAUUUUUACAGAAGUAGCCUGAAAAAGUCAUGAGUUUCAGAGUUAAAUGAUCCUCUCCUUUCCUCUGUCCCUCCCUUCCAAGGUGUUGAAGCUGAAACGUGCCAACUGGCAGUUAGAAGAGAAAGAUGACUUUGAUGGAAAUUUUAAAAGUCUUAAGCUUUGAAACUUUUCUUAUUCUCCCCAUGUCCCAUAUGGUUUAAUUUUAACAUAAAUUAUAUGCCUUCACACAGGUCUGUAAAAGGCAUGUGAUUUUAGAGAUUCUAUUGUUUGAUGUAUUGUCUUCUGCAGUAUUAAAGGGAAGGAAGUAUUAAUGUGCAUCACCCUCUCUUGUUUUUGAAGCCAGGGUAGUUGUGUAAUUUGUUACCAGCAAUUCUAAACUGAAUGUGAUCUGGCUACCUUGGAAAUGCAGGAACUUAUGAAUGUACUGUAAAAUAAAAUGCAGACUGAUUCCCAGAA